AUGGGCUCAUCUUCCACGAUUUCGACCACCUUGACUGGACAUUGCAGCCGGCGAUUGUUCCAAGCCGGCCCCGUCAACAACGUGAACGUGUCGCAAGCCGAUUACAACAAGCGACUGGAGAGCAUCAACAUCCUCUCAAAGGCAGUGCGAAACUUUCUGGUCUUCCAGGGAGAUGUGGAGGCUACAGCGCAGCGCCAGGGAAAGGACUUGACCGCCUUCUUCGAGCAGAUCUCUGGUUCGGACUCUUAUCGUCAGGACUAUGACAACCUGGCGGCCGAGAAGGCAAAGCUGGAGGAACAAGCCCGGUAUCUUUUUACGAAAAAGCGAAAUGCUAUCAACGAGCGCAAACGAAUUUCGCAGCAGAAGGAAGAAGCAGACGAGUACCGCCACCUUGAAACGCAACGGAACGACCUUCAAAGGGAGUAUCUUCUCUUCAGGUUGCACAGUCUUUGUGCGCAGCUAGACAGUGCAGCGGAGACGCGAGAUGCCGAGCUGCGUGAACAAGUGGAAGUUGGCAAGAGAGAACUGGAGGGUGGCGAUCGGCGGCGUGCACAAGCGCGGUUGGCAGUGCAGCAGGUCCAGAAGGAAUUGAGCGGCUUGAAGGUGAAGGUGGAGCGUCUGAAUCCCGAACGAGUGGCAAACCAAAGCCGCCAGAGGUUUCUGGAGCAGAGGCUGGAGGAUAUGACGCACUCUGCCGAGCAAGACGGACGCAGGCAGAGCAAGCUCCAGGAUCAGCUGGAAAGUCUUCGUAUGGAGGAGGCGAAGUUGGAGGCUCGACAGGAGAGCCUGAACAAGGGCCUGGCGGAGCGCAAGGUAGCCUUCACAGCAGACCAGCUUGAGGAGUUUGAGCGUGUGAAGCGCGCCACUGAAAAGAUCACGGCGGCCAGUGGUGAUGAGCUUCGCCAGAUCGAGCACCAGGUUCGUGCCGUCCGCGCCGAGCGGAUUCAAGCAGAGGGCGAUCAGAGGGACGCUCUCGCACGCAAGGGCCACUUGAAGCAGCGUGUCAUGGAGUUGAACGAGGCCGAGACGUCCGCGCAGGCUGCACUCGAUCGGGGCACGGUUCUGAAGGAUGACCGCCUCAGGGAGCUAACGCAGCUGCGGAGCUCCAUCAGCAAUCGUGGUGACGAGAAAGAUCAGCUGCAGCAGGAGAGGCAGCAGCUCAUCACUGUUAUUCAGGACUUCACAGCCACCGAACGUCAGCUCGAGAAGGACCGUGAACUGUCGCAGGUAUGCACAAGCCUGGCAGAGGCCUGUCCGGGAGUCUGUGGCCGGGUUGUAGAUCUCUGCAAGCCCUCGCAAAAGCGCCUUCACGUCGCAGUGAACGUGGCCCUAGCGCGAUACCUGGAUGCGGUGAUCGUUGACAGCAGCGACACUGCGAAGGCUUGUGUGCGCUACCUCAAGGAGCGGAUGCUGCCUCCAAUGACCUUCUUGCCCAUGACGGAUCUUCGAGUUGCCGGCCUUGACCCGCGUCUGCAAAGCCUCGUCCAUAGCCAGAAAGGACUGCGGCUUGCUCUGCAUUGCAUUGCCUUUGACGAGAAGUUUGCCAGAGCUUUCGAUUUCAUGCUGGGAGAUGUUGUUGUGGCCGACACCAUGGCCGACGGCCGGCGCCUGGCUUUCGAAGAAGCCCGUAAGCUCGGCGUCACCUGCAAGGUUGUGACGCUGGCGGGCGAGGCCAUUGCCAAGAACGGUAACCUGUCGGUGAACUCUGAUGCGACCCAGGAAGGUGCGACGCGCUUUGACCUGACCGAAGUUGAGGCAACCCGGUCUCGGCUUGAAGUGAUCGACAAGCGACUCUUUGAGAUCCAUUCCUUGGAGGCCUCGGGUGGUUCCGAAGUGGCCACACUGGAGUUUGAUCUGCGCCGCGUCGAGGGAAAGGCGCAGGAGAUGGCCAUACGUUUACAGCGUUGCCAAGACGAGUUGAAGCAGAAACGUGAGGAGCUUAGUGCCGUGGAGGCGUCGCUCAACACCGUGCAGCCUGAAGCUCAACGCUUGGCGGCUGAAGAGGCACGCCUCCGUGAAGAGCAGCGGAGAGUGGAGGAAUGCUACGCUGCUUGCAGCGACUGGGGUAGUUCCAAGAUCGUCAGCAACAUCAGCGCGGGUUUCGGAGGCCGUUGCAGGAGCCUUAGCCGUGAGGGCAAUGCAUCCCUUCGCCCACUCGCUGGACACUUUGCAAAUCUGAGCCGUGCUAUGGGCGUGGAGGAUGUGAGGACCAACUUGUUGGGACAGGAGUGCGAUUUCACAGGCGAGUGGCGGCGUGAGCAAGAAGCGGUUUCCUCGCAGAUGUCGGAGCUUGAGCGGCGUCAGCGCAACAUUAAGGCGGAGAUCUCCAUGCUCCAGCAGACCAUUGAGGAGCAAGCGACCAAGGACCCCCAGGAGCUCAUUGCGAAGUUUCGAAAGGAGGUCACCGAGCUACGUGAGAAGGAAGUUGGUCUCCAACGCGAUUCCGAAAGACUGGAGUCACAGGUUGCUGCCUGUGAACAGCGCCUUGCACAAGGACAUGCUGCUGAACGAGACUGCGACAAGGAGUUGUCGGGACUUCGACAGCAGGGAAAGGAUUUACGUCAGCAGCUGAUGGCGCUUGAGAAGAAGGUUAGCGACUUGGGUUCGGAGCAACAGGGCUUGAUCAGCGCUCGGUCGACAAUUCUUCGGCAGAGCCAUGUAGAUGGAAUCGAGGUACCCUUACUGCGCGGCGGUCGCGAGGCCCUUCAGGAGUUGGUUGAGGAGAGCCAGCCCAUCGAUGCACCGACGCAGAACUCCCCGCCGGGGGAAGCGGGACCUCUCGUGAUCGACUUCGCUCUGCUUCCGGAGGAGAAGCGCGCCGCUUCCAAGGGCCCUGCGGCGCAGAUGUUGGAGGACGAAUAUCGAGGCGAACUGGAGCGGCUGCGCCUGGAACUGGAGAGGCUGAGCCCCAAUCUGAAGGCACUUGGGCAGCUGCAAGGCGUCGCGGAAAACGUGCAGGCCGCGUCCCACGAAGCGGAUGUCGCGCGAAAGGGCAUCGAGGAGAUCGAGGGAAAGUUUGAGGCAGUGCGAAAGGCCCGCAAGGAGCCGUCGUGCAUUUUGUGGGGACUCUUUGGGAGGUUUAGCCUAGCACAUGAGUUGUGA